GCAGUCUUCUAAGGCGAAUAUGACGAAUUUGUGUGAAGUUUAAACUGGAACUUUGUAAUGAAUAGCCAAGGUUUAAGUGUUGAGAGUGAUUCUGCCAGUAAUUAAGUGGGGGCGAGGUUUACAUAGAGUAAACGAGAACACCUAUACAUUAUCUUACCCCAUCCCUAUAGCCUCCGGCCCGAAUGCCUCAUUAAAGUCCCAUUAUGGUAAAACAGUUUGAUCUCCGUGUUACCAGACCAUAUGCAACUGCAUACAAACCACGUUACUUGAUUGGGAAAACGCCUAAGGCGACAACAGUAUUGACAAGGCUACGGUGGAAAGUUCCACAACCGGAGGGCAUGCAUAGCUAUCUAAUUCGCAGAACUGACAUCUGUUAAUGAGUACAGUCAUACCAAAUUUCCUCCUCUGCAAACACAAAAAUCGAUUGCGACUUAUUUUAGUACUUGGCCAUUAUACAGCUAGCUCAAGUUGCAGGCUAAGUCUGUUGUCAAAGCAAACAUCUCGGUAGCUGCAGUGCAUGCAUGUAUCUACCACCACAGGAAACGCCAGUUGAUCUUUAUUUGCGAGAAAGCCUUACUAAAAAAUACGACUGCAGAUAGACUUCAAGGGUACAUAAAGGGGAGGCUUCUGAACUUGUCUUCUAUUUCUUCCUCAAUAAUUGAAGACUACAGCUUGUCUUCGCGGCUGAGGGAACUUCUUCCCAGUACAAAUGGUUAUCAGAGUGAGACCAAUCGAAGAUGAUAUUAGCAUCGUAUCGUUUAACACCGAAGAGGUGAACAUUGAGAGAGAGCCUAAACGAGCCACAGAGGAUGGUAAACAGACAGCGGGGCGCGACGGGUCUCGUACGGGGCGCACGUACCGCAGCUCCCGUUUGUCUAAGUACCUGUCAACAUGGACCUCGACGCUUCCAGAUGCCGUCGGAAUCACGGGGAUUCAGUUCAUAGUCUCCAACCAGGACCACUUCCUCAGAAGGCUUGUCUGGUUGGUUGCCCUUCUUGGGGGCGUGGCAGCGGCCUGCUAUCAGACUGCCGACAGGGCUUUAUACUUUGCCAGCAACCCUAAGAGCGUGGACUUUGAGAUCAAGUACAUCAGUCCUCUGACGUUCCCGGCCGUCACCAUCUGCAACCACAACAACUACAGAAACCUAGCUGUAUACAGUAACGUGACGUACCAUCCAUUCGCUUCACUGCUCACCGAGUACUCCAACACGGCACACUUUUAUCAACCAGUCAAUUACUCCACGUACGAAGCGGCUCUGGCUAAGGUUAAUACGACAGAAAUGUAUCUUCAGCUUGCCCACGAAAUGGACUAUAAUCAAAUGUUAAUCAUAGCUUUCUGGGACGGCUUGGGUCUAACCCCAGCUAAUUUCACCAGAGUCAUCACCGAUUUCGGCGUUUGUCACACGUUUAAUGCUGGGUUGGACGGAGAAGAACCUUUGAAACAGAGAGUUGCAGGGAAGGGCCACGGCCUGAGUCUGAUGCUAGACGCCCAGCAGUACCUUUACUACUACUCCUCCAAGUCACUCCAGGUUUCUGCGGGGUUCAUUGUUGCCGUUCACAACCAGAGUGACGUGCCGCAGGUGGACUCCCUAGGUGUGGGCGUGGCUCCAGGCACGGAGGUCCGCAUCGGGCUGAAAAGGACAGAGGCUAUAAAUCUAGAACCUCCUUAUGGUGAAUGCGGCUCCAAAGAACUGAAAUAUUUCAGUUCCUACACGAAGAACACCUGUCGCCAGGAAUGCCUGAUCGAUUAUGUACUUGAGGCGUGCGGUUGCGUGGAGCCAUACAUGGAUGUCUCUGGUGAUUUGCCCGUCUGCAACCCCGCCAAAGUAUUUUCAUGCGUUUUUGUGGCAACAGACAGUUUCAACAGAGAAGGCACGUGCGAGUGUCCCAUUCCCUGCUACCAGACCACUUACACUACCAGUCUAUCAGCCUCCACGUUCCCUUCAGAUUUUUACAUCCAGACGCUGGUGGAUCUGUACAGUGAGUCUGGCGCCACAGCGGAUUAUUUUAGUUCAAACACGCUGAAGAUUGAAAUUUACUACGAGGAGCUGAGUGUUGAGAGCAUUAAACAGCAGGAAGCAUACACGUUCUUUGCAUUGCUGUGUGAUCUAGGGGGCGCCCUAGGCCUGUGGUUAGGCGGCAGCAUCCUAACCUUCGUGGAGAUUCUGGAUCAUUUCGGCCACACCACAUUUGUACGAGGUGCAGGUUUUCAGCAUUCCUAAAAGGUCUGGUACACGGCACCCUGCGGAGACAUGUGCACAACAGGGAACAAAAGUCUCCAAAGAGCAAUUUCUAUAGGUGAAUACGUCUCCACAAGGUUAUCACGAAAUAGAUAUUAUGGAUUUUACUCAAAAACU